AUGAAGCAAUACACAGAAGUUGACGUUAGCCAAACCCUUGGUGCUAUGGCUAACGGACAAAGCCUUAAGAAGGCAUCCCUUGAAUUAGGUGUACCAAGGUCAACACUUCAACGCCGAAUUCGAGGAGCUCAGUUAAGAGAUACUGCUGUUUCCGACCAGCAGAGGUUCUCUCCGACCCAGGAAGGCCAUGUUACGGCCAGCUAG